AGUUUUUACGGUCAGCGUAAAAUGUGUAUUUAAUUAUAUAAUCGGCUUGGUGAUGGCAUCCAUUGAUACAAACAAGCGCAAACCCAGACGCACACAAGGCACUCCAUCAUUUGCAUACCGGAAUCGUUUCGCCUAUGCACUGCUUGCCGCCGGCUCGCUGCUCUUUGGCAUUUGGAGCUUGACGCCCAUGCAACGCAUUGCCAACGAGAAGCUGUGCAAGAAACUAUUGACCCCCAGCGAAGAGGAGCAGGAUCGUCGUGCGCUGUUUGAGUUCGCUGCCCCACGUCCUGGAAAAUUCAUCCGUGAAGCAAUCGAGGAGAGCGAAAAUCUGCGCACGGAACGCUAAAAACAAAAACAAUAAGAACAAAAAUGGAUAGGCAAACGCGGAGAGCAAACUUUAAGAAACUACAAGAGCCAGCGAGCAGAAAGCUGCGGUAAGGUAGCACCAGAGAGAGAGAGAGAGAGAGAGAGAUCUGUUGACCACCAAGAUACAUCCUGUCUUUAAUUAGUUAUUAACUAAUAAAAUGUAAUAGUUUAUGCUAAAA